GAAUAAGCAUGAGAAAGACAGAGAGACUACGGCUGGUAGAGAAAGACAAGGCAGUUUAUUUUUGCUCGUAUUGGGUGUAAGGAGAAAAACGGGGAGAUAUACGAUUAAUCAUACAAAGCAACAAGUGACAAAUCAAGAAUGACUAAUGCAAGUGAUCGGAUAGAUUUAGAUCUUGCACAAACAAGGUUCACCAGCUCCAGUCUUACUGAAGACAGCAGACUUUUGGAGACCGUGAAAGCCUUUGCCCAUUUUGGAGCUUUCAUUUUCACCGGUCUCUUCACGUACCUCAUCAUAGUGACUGUGCGUGACUCUCCUGAGUUGUAUCAAAAUCCUCGCUACGUCCUGUUGUGUCAGCACUGCCUCUGCGUGACUGGCUUCAACAUCAUGGGUGCAACGGUGCACAGUUUACGCAGCCUCCGCUGGCCCCUCUCUCGAAUUACCUGCUGGAUCCUCUAUGACCUGCUGGUGGUGAUGGCACGAGGUUUGAUGAUCACCCUCGUGCUGAUGUCUGUAAACACUUGUCUCUCUAUUUGCAUGCCACUUAGAUACCCAGUGCUGGUCCAGCGCUACCGCCACUGGGUAAUGCUGGGGUCUUGCGUCUUUGUUUUGUUCAACCCUGUGGUGUUCACUGUCCAAGCCUGCUCUCGCUACCCUUGGGACUACGUGAUUGGACCGGACACAGAGUGCUCGACGGCUUUAGAGGGCACGGCUUGCAUCGUCAGUGCUUUAGUACAGUUGUCAUUGAUGAUUAUGCUUAUCAUCGGAAGCUAUGUGGUGAUUUACUUGGAGGGCAGACGUGCUGGCCAUUUCACACCUUCCAAUAGCAAGGGCCGCCGCACCAUCCUCAUCCACAGCUUGCAGAUGAGCUUGCACAUCUUCCCCUCGCUCAUUAUCAUCUCCCGGCAUCAGGAGAGACUAGCUGUGGCACUCACUCUUUAUAUUGUUUUUUGCUGUGCACAGUCAUUGAGUCCUGUGGUGUUUGGCCUUCUCUGCAGAGAGCUCUACAAGAAGAUGCCACGUUUUCGGGUCGAUUGUGGUAGCUGUGGCCACAUCAGGAGCAUGAAUAACACCAGCACUGGGACAGCCAGUAAAGAGAGGAACGCCUCUACCAGCACGACCACAGGCAACCUGUCUGUAGUUAUCUCAGAGUGUGACAAAAAAGACAUGUCAGAUAUCACAAAGUAAACCGUGUCUUUAAGUGGGAUUUAGAUUGAACUGUACAAAUGUAAGUUUAGUUGAGUGCAGUUUAGAAAUAAUUCACAAACAAGUUGUACAAAUUAAAUCAGUUUUUGUCAGUGGGAGUGACUGACAUUUGUUCUGUAAAAUACUUUAAUGUCCCUCAUGUACAUAUUAUUUAUUGUAUAAAGCAUUUUCAUGGUAUAUUACCUGUAUGAAUUUUUUCUUUGUGUUUCAAUUCUCAAUGCAGUUUCUAUAUAUAUUGCUUAUUUCAAUCCAACAUCCUGUAUUGUCACCAUGGUAAUCUCACAAUAAUGAAUGAACUUUAAGUGGAGGCACACCAACACUAUACACAUUUUCCAACACAUAAAUCCACUUAAAAGCUCCUUAGUGGAGACUCCGAGAUUGGAAAUAAUGGGGUCAGACAGUGGGAGACAUACAAAACCUGCACUGUUGGUGUGCCUUUAAGGGUUGGGAAACACUGGCCUAGAUGUAACAUGAUGGAAAAUAUUUGAUGGAUUGUGAUAUACUUUUAAAUACCAUGUAUAUUGUUAUUUAUUUAUGUAUAUAGUGAAGUCAGCUGAUAUCUGUGAUGCACACUUUAAUUUCUAAAUACAGUAUGAAAAUUACUGUAAAGUUCUGUUAAUAUUUUGUAUUGUACCAAUGUCAAUUUGACCUUUAUUUGAUCAUACAAUUGCAAACUUUAACAUAUGCACAUUUUUUCUAUGCAUAAUGAAGUUCAGUAAAAAUUGUCAGUAUGUAAUGUUGUUAUUAAUAAAUGAAAAUGAUACAAAUUGUAUGUUUACAUGAAUGAUUGAAACAUAUGUUUGUGAUAAGAACUAUAUUUUAGCAGGAAUUUCCAAAUGGCACAAAGAUACUAAGGUUUUAGUUAGCAGUUUGCUCAACAUGACAAAUGUGAUCUUAGUGUACUUUACAUUUCAUAUCACACAACACUGCUUUGGUUGUAAUGAACUCUUAAUAGAAUUUAAUGGAUGUAAUUAUUGACUAAAUUAUAAUCUAAAUUGCUCUAAAGCCGUUUAUGUUUUCUGAG